UGUCUCAACAACCACGGACAUUUGUGCUCUACACAUAACAUCGUUACGCCUAAGCCUCGGAUCCGGCUUAUAGACGUAGAUAAGAGAUGUAUCGUUAAUGGUUCGGGGACCGAAAAUUGGGUCGCACUGAGUUACGUUUGGGGUGGGGCAAAUACAGUGCUCAUGACAACAGAAAAUAUCAAUCAGCAUGAGACACAAGGGUCGCUUGAGGGGAUUUUGCCGCUUACCAUUGAGGAUGCCUUGAGAGUAACUCAAGCUCUUGGAGAAAGAUAUCUCUGGGUUGAUUGUUUGUGCAUUCUUCAGGACUGCGAGGAGGACAAGUCCAUUCAUCUUCCAAGGAUGGGCGACAUUUACCGCCAUGCAGUCGUUACUAUAGUAGCGGCAUCGGGUUCAAAUGCUGCAGCUGGACUCCCUUGGAUCAGAAAUUCGAUAACGCGUUCAGAACAACUAUUUAUCCAGGUCCGCCCAUCCUUUAGGCUUGGGGAUUACGGAGUUGCCACUAUGAUGGACCCGCCUGAAAGUCCAGAUUGUGAUUACGCCACAGGCUCACCCUGGAGUAUGCGAGCGUGGACUUUCCAAGAGCGACUGUUAUCUAGGCGAGUUUUGAUAUUUACAAAAGACCUCAUCUACUGGGAAUGCGAACAAUCCAUAUGGCGGGAAGACUGUUUCGGAGAAUUACCUGCUGAGUUUCCCCAGAUUUUCACCUCCGGCUUCGGUAGUGGUACUUUUUGGAGUCAUCUUGACUUAUCUAGACUAUGGAGGUCACAUCCCUUCGAUAUUGUGAACACUUAUCGACAAGUUGUCUCGCAUUAUACCGGUCUCCAACUCACAUACCAAGAAGAUGGCUUGCAUGCAAUCUCUGGAGUACUCGCCGCCUUGGAGAUGCGCUCCGGAUCCAAGUUCCUCUGGGGAUUACCAACGGCAAUGCUCUCUGCUGCUCUGAUCUGGGAAAGUCAUUCUGAUGAUGAUGCCACAUUAUCAAGCCGGAAUCAACGGAGAACCGCAAAGCAUAUGCUUGGACCAACCCAAAAUAGCACUUCACACUGUCCGUUCCCAAGUUGGUCCUGGGUCGGGUGG